AUGCGUUUUUCGACGACGACAGCCAGCCUGCUGGCUUCAACAGCCGCCGCCUUUAGCGACUCUUCGCCCCUUGUCCUAUUCUCUACAUCCAAGCUUUCAAUCCCAUCUGGCGAGACUUCCCAGCUCCAAUCGACAUCCCGAGCUCUGCACACGACCCAUGACAUCCUGUCCAGCUGUCCGACGAGCCGCUACGUACUCAUCAGCCAACCCAAUGUGCAUGCUUCGGAUCUGCGCAACCCGCAAUCUGGAGUAUGCCACUCGGCAAACCUGUGCUCUGCAGUGGAUGGAGAGGACGUAAAAGGUCGCUACGAUGUUGCUGAGGUCAUUGGGGAUGAUAUCAGCCUCGACGGGCUGAGCAACUACAUCAAGGCCGCCUGUGCGGAAGCAGGAAAGAAGGAUGGGUUGAGUGUCAACGAGCACCGGCUGGAGGCUCUGCCCACGCAGAAAGGUGGUGCCAGAGCCACGAAGCUUGCUGAGAAUGACGUCGAGAUCGGUGAUAUCCUCUCCGGCGCCCAAGCCAGUGGUGACGACUACACAGUGAUCUACUUCUCAUCCCCUCACUCACCCGCUGUCUACGAGUCCGAAUACGUCGAGUCGGAUGCCAUCCAGAUGGAGCUGAAGAGGCGGACGGCCGAGGUCAUCGAGCCCAGGGCGGGCAACGCGAACGACUCUUCUGCGCCAUUGUUCGUCAAGUACCAGUUCUUCACCCCGGGCAUCUUCAUGGGCCUAGUGGGUACGAUCAUCAUGCUGGCUAUUCUCUACGUUGGACUGUCGGCUGUGUCAAGUCUGGAGGUCUCGUAUGGCGCUUUUGACAAGGAGAACGGUCCGGCCGCGCAGAAGAAGAACUGA